CGCAGAAGUCUUUGCCGUCAAUAUUAAGAUGUCACCAUUCUUUCCGGUCCGUCGGGCCUUAUAUUCUAUGACAGCCCCGGCAUCUCUCACAAGACUGUGUUCUACAGGCCCCAAAACGUUCGUAAAAUUAGUUGAAUGGGCUUUUAUUUUUAUUAACAUUUGCUUUUCUACAUUUUUAAUUUUGAGAAUCUUUAAACGAAGAGUUGCAGUGACAUUCAGAAAAGUUUCGGACCUGUAUUCAUAAAUUAUAUCAAUUUUGUGCUCAAAACAAGAAUAUCAAAAGGUUUCGCGAACACAAAGCAAUUAUGGAAUUCUUUUUUGGACUGAUUGUUUAUCUGAGUUACAUAUAUUUUACGGAUGCCCAUGGAAGAAUGAUUGAUCCACCCAUGAGAUCAUCAAUGUGGCGGGUUGGAUUUGAAACACCCAAAAAUUAUAACGACAACGAACUGAAUUGUGGAGGCUUUGUGGAAAUGAUGGAAAAAGCAAAUGGUAAAUGUGGAAUAUGUGGUGACCCGUAUCUUGGACCUCGCGAAAACGAGGCUGGAGGGAAGUAUGCUCUUGGAAUAAUUACCAAGCAAUACAAAGUGGGUUCACCAAUUAACAUCACCAUAGAACUGACGACAAAUCAUAAAGGAUAUUUCGAAUUUCGUCUCUGCCCACAGAAUGACCCCUACACCCCCAUUACCGAAGCCUGCUUAGAUAAGCACGUGUUAAAUAUAAUUGGAUAUGGAAAGCGAUUUAUGCUUUAUGAUGACAAAACUGUCAUGGUAGAUUUGCAGCUUAUGCUUCCCCCACAUUUAAGGUGCUCACAAUGCGUACUACAGUGGAAAUGGAGAGCAGCACAAAACAGGGGGAUUGAUAAACGCACAGGAAAAGAAUGCUUUGGUUGUGGACCUCAAGAAUAUUUCGUAAACUGUGCAGAUAUCGCCAUUGGAGAUAAGGCUAUUAACCGAAUCCCCAAACCAGCAGCCAAGAGUCCACAAGUCACUAAGAAACCAAAGGUACCCAAACUGACUGUAACGAGAACCAAAGUCAUGAAGCAACAAAUUCCCGAAGUUGCUCAAACACCAUACACUGAAGUUGCUCAACAGUACCAACCCCAUCAAUACAACGAAGCGGUAUUCAAUAAUGAAAAUUUUCAAGAAGCCCUUGCCGAUCGAGUGUUUUUAGAUCUCAUCGGCCAAAGCACUUUAUUCAUUGACCCAUCACCACAUUUUGAUGCAAUUAAUAACAGGCAACCAGCACAAAACAAGUUCAAAGCACAGACAUCUACAAAUCAGAACUUUGGACCUGCAUACAAUCCUUUCUUUAAUGAUUUUAUUAGUCCAAAUGAACCUUCUCUCCUUGAUUUCAACUCAGCUGGAAUUUCGAGGCAACCGGGGCCUUCCACUUCACAGGCCGCUGCAGCAGGACAGUAUUACACUGCUCAAUCUGUCAUGGCUACCGCCGCCAUAUUGUCAACACUAGCAGGCGGUGAGACUGGAGGUGAUAAUGCGUACAUAGAAUGUCCAGAAAGUGCACAACCGACAUGUAAAGGAAACACUAUGUGGGGAGAUGGACGGUCAAAUGACCGAUUCUGCUCAUCCAUCUGUCCACAAGGACAUUGUCCCAUGUCAAUGUGUAUGUGUACUUGUCCUGCGAGCAAACGUAUUUUUGUGAAAGGAAAUACGUCACCUUCUAAUACCGGCCAAAGGUGCUUUGCAAUUGAUGCGUGGGAUCAACAUACAAAUAACUUAUGUAUGAGGAACUGUAAACCAAACCAAAUGGAUUUCUGUCCCUCCGACAUUUGCACGUGUGAGAUGUGGGGGAUAUAGCGACAGGCAGCGCUGAUCAAUAAUACUAUUAAUCAAAUGUGACUUACAAAUAAUGAAGUUAUUUAUACGAAAGCCGUGAAAGUGAUGCAUAACGUGUCAGUUUUAACAGCGUCUGCAUUGCUGUUGUGCUUUCCAAAGAAGAAAUCCAUUCAAUGAAGAGAUAUAUUGAUAUGAUUAAAUACAAUGACUGAUUUUUUAUAGGAGAAACAUCUGCAUGCAAUAUAACCUGUAAAUAAUGUACUAAAAAGACGUUGACUCUUAUUUUUAUUUGAUUACCCGGUUGGUACUUACAAGUCAACACUUUAUUAUUUUCAGUUAUACUUAUUGAUAAUUAAAGUUAACCACAAUGUUUGUCUUACUAUGCUCAAAAUAAUUUGUUUUUUUUUCUA